UCAGGUUGCUUUGUUAGAGGAGAUGGCUGUCUCUGGGGUCUCCUGAUAACUGCUGGAAGGGGAUGAGAUUGACCCCCUGCCCAAAACAGAAACAGGAUUCUGCUUUUUUGCUUUCAAUUAGGGUUUUCCUCCAUAAAAAUGCUCUUCACACCUGAGAAAAAGGUUGGAGUUGACUCUGAAUCUUGCAGCUGGUCUAUGUAAAAGAUGAGGGAGAGUAGAAAUGGGGAGGGGGGAUGAUGAUGAUGAUGAUUUCUUCUUCUUUAAAUAAAGGUUCCCUCUGUGAGCAAUAGCCUUGGCUUUGCUCAGCUGGUCACUUUUCCUGAGGAAUAGAAGAGCUGCAAGCAGAAGGGAAGAUAAAAUUUUAACAAAAUCCACUUAAAGGAAUUAUGGCACACCUAAAAUCUGAGCAAGAGAGCAGAAUUAUGUCACUGGUUCAAUCUGAAAUGUCCCCUGCUCCUCCGAGAAGACAUAUGGAUGCAACUGAUCAUAUACAGUCCCAAAGGUGCUACAAGAUCCCUUUGAAUUCUUUUCUAAGUCCUGACGCUCAGCAGAGGAUGUCCAAGACUAUAUCCUUUGAAGAUGUUGCCGUCUACUUCUCCAAGGUGGAAUGGGCCCUCCUGAAUCCCUACCAAAGAGCCUUUUAUAGGGAAGUCAUGAUGGAGAAUUACAGGAGCGUAGUCUCCUUGGAGAGGGGAAUGACGCCACUGGUCCAGUCAGAACUGUCUCCUCUUCAUCUAAGCAGACAAAUGGAUGCUGUGAAUCCUGCUCAGCUGAAACCAGUGACUUUUGAAGACGUGGCCGUGUAUUUCACAGAAGGUGAAUGGGCCCUCCUGAAUCAAGACCAAAGAGCCUUCUACAGGGACGUCAUGCUAGAGAAUUACGGGAAUGUAGCCUCUUUAGUCCUGGAGUCUGAUCUAGCUUUCCAGAGGGAACAAAAGGAAGACCUGUGGCAGACACACCUUGAAGACUCAGAUGGCACAGGGGUAGCCCAGUCAGACGGCCACUCAGGGAACCCCAGGAAAACACAGGUUUGUCCAGAGUGUGCUCGAUGCUUCACCCUAAAAUUGGCUCUUGCCAGACAUCAGAGGAUCCAUACAAGAGAGAAGCCCCAGGGCAUCUCAAAGGGUGGAGAAUACUUCAAUCAACAUUUGGAACAUGUGAACCAUCAUCAAACCAUACCUAGUGAAAAAACACAUCAUCAGUGCUCAAAGUGUGGGGAGUUGUUUGCUGAUCAGUUUGGCCUUUUGACCCAUGAAAAGGCCCACACUGGAAAGAAUCCAUAUAAAUGUUCAGAAUGUGGAAAGUGUUUUGCUAAAAACUCAGAGCUUCAGAUUCACUGGAAAUCUCAUGUUGGCAUGAAACCCUUUAAAUGCUUAGAGUGUGGAAAACAUUUUGCUGUCCAGUCAUCACUGGUGUGCCAUCAGAGAGUCCAUAAGAAAGAAAGGCCCCAUAAGUGCUUGGAAUGUGGCAAAUGUUUUCUCCACAAAACAAAACUUAUGCGACAUCAGAGAAUCCACACAGGGGAAAGACCCUAUGAAUGUUUCAAAUGUGGAAAAUGUUUUUCUGAGAAAUCCAUUCUUUUAAGACAUCAGGCAAUUCACAAUACAGAGAGACCGCAUAAAUGUGUGGAGUGUGGGAAAUGUUUUGCUUUAUCAUCACAACUUGUAAUUCAUCAGAAGAUCCAUACACAAAAGAGUUCUUAUAAAUGCACAGAAUGUGGCCGAUGCUUUUCCCAAAAGCAACACCUUCACAGACAUCAAAAAGUCCACACAGGAGAAAAACCAUACAAAUGCUUAGAAUGUGGGAAAUGUUUUUCUGAGAAAUCACAUGUUACCAUCCACCAGAGAACCCAUACAGGAGAGAGACCUUAUAAAUGUGUGGAGUGUGGAAAAUGUUUUCCCCAAAAUUCGCACCUUCGUAUACAUAUGAGAGUCCAUGCUGUAGAGAAGCCCUACAAAUGCCUGGAGUGUGGCAAAUGUUUUCUCAAGAAACCGUAUCUGAACAGACAUCAGAAAGUCCACACAGGUGAGAAAGCGCAUAAAUGCUUGGAGUGCGGGAAAUAUUUUUCACAGAUAGCAAACCUUCACAAACACCAGAGAAUCCACACAAGAAAGAAAAUAUAUCAAUGCUGGGAAUGCGGGGAAUGUUUUGGUCACCAGUCAGCUGUUGUAACACACCAGAGUGUUCAUGCCGGAGUGAGGAUGUACAAAUGCACAGAGUGUGGGAAAUGCUUUGUAGAGAAAUCAAAUCUUGAAAAACAUCAGAAAGUCCACAUAGAAGAAAAACCAUAUGAAUGCUUGGACGGUCAGACCCUCUUCACUCACCAAUCAGACCUUGGCAGCCAAACAAUACACACAAAAAAGAGACCCCAUGUAUGCUUAGAGUGUGGGAAAGGUUUUCCCCGGAAACAGAACCUCGAGGUGCACCAGAGUAUCCACACGGGAGAAAAACCCCAUAAAUGCUUGGAAUGUGGCAAAUGUUUUUCUCAUACAUCACAGCUUCGUAAACACCAGGGAGUUCACACAGGGGAGAAACGCCAUAAAUGUUCCGAGUGUGGCAAAUGUUUUCGUGAGAAAUCCUACCUUCAUAUACACCAGAGACUCCACACAGGAGAGAAACCUCAUAAAUGCUUGGAAUGUGGCAAGUGUUUUCGUGAUAAAUCGUAUCUUCGUGUACAUCAGAGACGCCACACAGGAGAGAAACCCCAUAGGUGCCUAGAGUGUGGGAAAUGUUUUCUUUUGAAAUCAAGCCUUGACGAACAUUGGAAGACACACACAGGAGAGGAGCCAAGUAAAUGUUCAGAGUGCGGAAAAUCUUUUUCCAAGAAAUCACUGCUUCGGCGACACCAGACAGUCCACACGGGAGAGAAACCCCAUCGAUGCUUGGAGUGCGGCAAAUGUUUCCGUGAGAAAUCUUAUCUUCACAUACACCAGAGAGUGCACACAGGGGAGAAACCACAUCAGUGUUUGGAAUGUGGAAAAUCUUUUUUCAUGAAAUCAUACCUUCAUGUCCAUCAGAGGGUCCACACAGGAGAAAAACCAUAUCAAUGCUUGGAGUGUGGCAAAUGUUUUUCCCAAAAAUCAAGCCUUGUGACUCACCAGAGAGUUCAUAUAAAGAGAGACCCCGUAAAUGCUUGGAGUGUGGGCAUUGGAGAGUCCACUGAGGGGAAGAACCAGGCUAAUGGUUGGUGUGUGGAAGAUGUUUCCCGCAGCAACUACUGUUUUGUAGAUACCAGCUUCGCAGAUACCAGAGAAGCCACACAUGAGGAAAGUCCCAUCAAUGCCUGGAGUGUAGCAAAUAUUUUCUUUGGAAGUCAUGCUUUUGUGUAUAACAUAGAGUCUACAUCCAAAAACUCUCCCUAAAUUCUUAGAAUGUGUGAAAUUCAUGAGAAGUAUUGAAGACUCCGCACAAGAGAAAAAGUCUCAUUUUACUUAUAUGUACUUCACCUUUUCACCCAAACAAGGUGCUCAAGAGGGCAGAGUGGACAAUGUUUUUCUUGGAAAUGUCCCCAUUCUAGACAUCAGCGAUCCCACACUGAAGAGAAUCCAUUUAAAUGCUCAAGUGUGGCAGAUGCUUUUUGCCUAAAAUCAUAUUUCAGGAUUCUGUAUUUCAGGAUUCAAACAAAGCAAAGCCCUGUCAAUAGGAGUGUAGGAAAUGUUUUCUUUCGAAAUCAAGCCUUAAAAACAUUGGAAAAGAGGCCAGUAUUAAAUUUUAUAUAAACUAUGUUGUUUUAUAUUGUUUGGUUGGCACAUCUGUAAUCUGCUCUGAGACUCUUAGAAUAAAGGGCAGGUUAAUACAUUGGCAACCAAUCCAGCAACCAAAGUGCUUUCCCUCAGAAAUCAGUUCCCUCAAUGCCACAGAAUCUGCAGAUGAUAGAAAGCCAUAGUUUAUGCUGAUUUACCAGACAUUCUCCAGAAGAGGAAAGCUUCCUGAAAUGCUUGGAAAAUGAGAAUUUCAGCUACUGAGUACAAACAUUUGCAGUCUGUGGAAUAUGGGGGAAUUGUUUUCCAGAGAAGGCUUUCAAGCUUUGUUGCACACUGGGCAGGAUGUUAUCAAUUUUACAUAAUCUUUUCCAAUCUCAAAGUUUGUAAAACGCUUCUCUCGAAAAAGUUCCAUCCCUUUGGGUGAGAAGAUACACAGCAUAAACUGGAUGGGAUGAACACAUGAACCUUUCUUUUAAAAAAAUCCUUAAACCUUGAAUUAUAUGGCAAGAGGCAGACUCAAAACAUGAAAGGUGAGUGGACUACAUUAAUAUCUAAAGUGGUGAUGAGAACCAGAAACUGUAACUCAUGGGCAGAGAACUUGCUGGUCUGGUAGAAAGCCUCCAUAGACUAGUGUAGGUGAAAGGCUUCUUGGUCACUGCUGAACUAGCUCCUCAGUUGCUGCUCCCAAGGGAAGGAAGGACUCUCAAUCCAAGAAAGAUGAAGAAUCUACCCUAGAUCAUCAUCAUUCUCCUCCUCUCCCAGAUCUGUGCCUUCCCCACACAGCUUCAAGUCAUCCCCUGGUGCAAACAUUAUUUCUUCUGUUGCAUCUACUCUCAGCCUGUUACAUGAAAGUAAACAAGAGCAGCAGCACAGUUCUGACCUGCCAGCCAGGUCCUGGCAAAAGUUUCAAAGCUUAAGCAGGGUCCUGUGAAAGCUAAUUUUUUUGCCCCCGCAUGUUCUAAUUCUUCAUCGUCACCACAAUCCUAAAAGGGUGCUCUUUCUCUUGUCUUUCUUGUAUGCUAAUACCCCUGUUGCCCCUUUUCCCUCACUGUCCGUCUGGAUCUUUUCACUGCCCCCAGGGGCCUAAAGGAGGCAAACCGCUGCACUAUAAAUUGUUGCUGUGUGCCUUUGAGUCGUUUCCAACUUACGGUGAUGCUAACACAGUGAUUUCCAAAGUGGAUGACAUGCCUUGUAUUUAGAAAUCACUGCCUUAGGGUUACCAUAAGUUGGAAAUGAAUCAAAGGCGCCCAGUGACCACAAUUUAGUGCAGUGGUUGUCCUCCUUUGGGCCUUCAGAUGUCUUGGAUGUCAACUUCCAGAAGCCUCAGCCACUAUGACUAAUUCUCAGGCACUCAGAAGUCUAAACUAUCUGGAGAACCAAAAGUUGAGAAUAGGAGGAGGGGGUGACAAGAGGUCCAACAGAAGGAACAUGUACACUUUUGUACACUUUUGGUAAGACGCAUUAAAGAGCCAGUUUGUGGGAGAGCUGUGUUGUGUAGCGAUUAAAGUACUAGAUUAGCAGCAUCUAGUUCAGUGAUUCCCAAAUUUUGGUCCUCCAGGUGUUUUGGACUUAACUCCAGCCAAUUUGGCCAACAGUCAGGAAUUCUGGGAACUGAAGUCCAAAACGCCUGGAGGACAAACUUUGGGAACCAUUGGCCUAGUUGCUACUAAACCAUGAAACUCCUCCAGGGAGGCCUCAAGUCUCUUAUCUUUCUUACCCUGACUUAUCUCACAGGGUUCUGUUGUUAAAGUGAGUAGAAGGAAGUCGGGGAGAGCCGUGUACUCCAUUUUGAGUUUGACAGAGGGAAAGCAAGAUAGGCAUUCAAUGUACUGUACUUGUUAAAUGAAUAACUAUAUACUUGGCCAAUAUGUUGUAAGCUACUUUUCUAACCCUUUGGGACCAUGAGGAAAAGCCAGUGUUACCUGAAUGGGCAUCUCCUCAUACAGAGAUGUUCUUCUGUUGCCUUUUUUGCCUACUCUGGAGAGUCCCCUAAACCUGUGGGGCAAAUCUGGGGACAGACAAGGGGGCUUCUGAAUGGAAAAUUUAACCUACCCCUGUUGUGCCUGUUCAGAUGACGGAAGGAGACCUUUGCCUACAACCCACUGGCUAUCCUUGUUUGUUGCAUCCUGUCCCCAUUUCUUUUUCGUAGAGAUUUUGUGAUGUUGCAAUGUACGUAGUCGUACUUCAAUAAAAUUAAAUUUUAAAGAAGGAGUCAGAAGGGGGAAGGAAACUCCUUUCACAAAUACUGAGCUUUACUGCCUUUUUAGUGUGUAAUGUCACUGUAUUUACAUCUGAUUUUUUUUUUAAAAAAUGUAAACUCUGCUGGAAAUGUGACUGAAGGAUGGUAUUUAAAAUGCCCUGUAAUAAAUAACCAGUG